CUACUACUUGUUAUACAAUGGAUAAAUCCCUUUAGGCCUCCACCCCCCAAUCAGCUGAGGGCUUCAUAACAACAAAGAUGGCGUCGCUCGGUCAGCUGGUCAGCCUCUCCCGCUCAUCCAGGCGCCUGGCCUCUCUGCCCAAAGGAUGGAGGGCGAUGCCGUGUGCUCCUGUCACCCCCGCGGUGGGCAGUGUGCGCUGCGCCUCAGACCUGGUGGAGCUGCCCGAGACCCAUGAGAUGCUGCGUAAGACCUGCAGAGACUUCGCUGAUGCAGAGCUGCAGCCUUUUGCCGGGAAGUUUGACAAGGAGGGCAAGGUUCCUCAGGAGAAAGUAAAGGCGAUGGGUGACUUAGGCCUGAUGGCCCUGGCAGUGCCUGAGGCUUAUGGAGGCACUGGCAUGGACUACCUGGCCUAUGCCGUGGCCAUGGAGGAGAUCAGUAGGGGCUGUGCAUCAGCUGGCGUGAUCAUGAGUGCCCACAAUUCCCUCUACAUUGGACCCAUCCAGAUGGCCGGCAGUGAGAAACAGAAGCAGGACUGGAUCACGCCCUUUUCCAGCGGGGAGCGUGUGGGCUGCUUUGCCCUUUCUGAGCCAGGUAAUGGAAGUGAUGCCGGUGCAGCUUCCACCACUGCCAAGGAGAGUGGCAGCAAUUACAUUCUGAAUGGCACCAAGGCCUGGAUCACGAAUGGCAUUGAGUCUGAGGCAAGCGUUGUCUUUGCCACCACAGACAAAGCCAAGAAGCACAAAGGCAUCUCAGCUUUUGUCGUGCCAAAGCCCACAGAAGGUCUGUCUCUGGGCAAAAAGGAGGACAAGUUAGGCAUCCGAGGCUCCUCAACCUGUAAUCUCAUCUUUGAAGACUGUCGCAUCCCGGCAGAAAACAUGCUCGGGGAGCCGGGCAGUGGGUUCAAGAUUGCAAUGAUGACUCUAGAUGCUGGGAGGAUAGGCAUUGCAGGGCAGGCUUUAGGGAUUGCCCAAGCAGCUUUUGAGUGUGCCAUUGACUAUGCUGGCAAGAGGAUGGCUUUCAAUGCUCCCAUACUUAAGAUGCAGAUGAUCCAGCAUAAAAUAGCUGACAUGGCACUGAGGAUUGAAUCAGCACGUCUCCUGACUUACAAGGCUGCUGCCCUCAAGGAUGAAGGGAGGCCGUUCAGCAAGCUGGCAGCCAUGGCCAAGCUGUCUGCCUCGGAGACAGCCACCUUCUGUGCCCACCAGUCCAUCCAGGUUCUGGGUGGGAUGGGCUACGUCAGCGACAUGCCGGCUGAACGACACUACCGGGACGCUCGCAUCACUGAGAUCUAUGAGGGCACGUCGGAGAUCCAGCGCCUGGUGAUAGCUGGCAACCUCAUCAAGGAGUACCAAGCCCUCUAACACUCAGGGCACCCCUUUUUUUCUCUAUAAUUCUGAUCAAAGUUUUUUAUGACAAAAUUUUUGACCACACCACUAUUUUUGAGUACCAUGUGUAUUCUUAUGUAAUUUGUGUAUAUAAACUACAAAUAUAGGAUAAUAAAUAUGUAUAAAACUUACAUUAAGCAACUUAUCAAUGCAACUCUGCUCAUAACAGAUUAUUAGGUACAUAGCCCUGGUAUUCCAUAUUUAGCAAUAUUAGAUGAGAUAUUUUUGUUACCUUAUAUUGGUAAAUGAAAGAGAAAUGCAAAUAAAUAGUGUUUUCUUAAAAAUAGUGUCAUGCAUCACAUUUUUUUUAUUUUGAGAACUGGGUGGUAUGCAGAGCUUCUAAAUACAUCUGUUCUUUUCUUUUGCCACAGAAUAUCAAUGAAAUAUCUGCUCUCAUGCUGGCAUCCCUAAACCAUUAUGACUCUUUACAUUUUCAUCAGUGUUCAUUUGGUUUUAAUAUGGAGUAACAUUUAUGUUGAAUUUAUCAUGAAUUGUAAAUUUCAUAUCAGCUGCAUGGUGUAGUAGUUCACCUCCUGAUUUUGUCUGUUGAAAUGCCAGAAUUUUCCUCUUUACUACACUCCCACACGACUUCUGCGUGUAACGAAACACAUGAGAAAUUAAUCCAGACAAGGAAAGGUUUUGCCGGUGCCUGGGAUCGAACCCACGACCAGCGAGACGGGAGAGCCACUCCUUAACCAGUCGGCCAAAGAGGUAACCCCCUCGCAGAGUGAGUUAUGGGAGGCUCGCCCAUCAGGCAAGACAGCUGCACUACACUGUUACCACCAUAAAUCAUCAUCCCAAAAGCUGCAAUAACACAAGUGAAAAAUCUUGAAAUGUGCACCACUGACUGCCAAGGACAAAACCGGGGCCUUCAGAAUAGAAGUCAGGGCAGUUAACCAGCUGAGCCACUGAUGAGCUGUAAGGUCACUGUUCCAGGGGCCACUUCAGCAGCUCUUAAUCUGACUGCACUGCAUUAUUGCAGUUUCUUUAAUGCAUAUGAACACUGUAUGUGUCAUCAUGGGUUAAUUAACCCGGUAGCUGCAGGGAUCAUGUUUCUUAAAAGUUCCUCUAAGUGAAUUAAUGAGAAAAAAUCAUCACUCUUGCAAACCAUUUCAUAAUAUAUAUCAACGCAUUUGUGAUCAGUUUAUGCAUCAUCUAUUUUGGGGGUUUAUAUCAUGGCAAAAAUUUGGCUCGGUGCUGGUACACGGUAAAGCCACAAAUUUGGCCCGUCGCUGCUACCGGGUUAAAAGCUUUGCCAGUCACCCUGAGUGUAAGGGGGGUCACCUUUCCUUCAUGUCCACAGUGGAGGCUGGGAUGUCAGAUUAAGUGCUGCAGAAGCGGCCUCAGCAGAGUGACCCUUUAUGGUUUAGAUCAUCAGUGUCUCGUUGGUUUGCUGCCUUGACCUCUGUUUGAAAGACCUGGGUUUGAUUCUUGGCACUCAGUGGUGUACACUUUGAGAUCAUCAUUCUUAGAAAAAUAAUGUGACAAUGCAGAAAAUACCCUCUUUGUUUGUCAAGUGUUGAUGAAUUCUUCAUAAAUUGGUGCUUUGGAUAAAUAAGUAAAAUAUUAUUAUAAUCA